GGAGAGAGGCGCUAGCAGUCGCCGCCAUGUCCUGGUGGUGGCACCGGUGCUGCUGCUGCUCCUGCGCUGCCUUGGCGAGGCGGCUGGGUGGCCCUUGGCACAGCCUGGGCACCCGCACGAGGCAGCCGGCGAUAGCUGAUUUUUCUGAAGGAAGUUUGAGCCUCUCCUUUCCAAAACUCAGUAGUAUAUUUUGGCGUACCGUUGCAAGGUUUCAUCAUACAACGCUACAAACACAUAGUUGUGGUAAAAUCAUUAGUGAUGAAAAAUAUAAGGAUCCUUUUAAACUUGGAAGAAAAGAUUUGAAAGAUCUCUAUGAAGAUAUUAAAAAGGAAUUAUGGGUGUCUACUACAGAAUUGAAGGAAAUGUGUGAAUAUUACUUUGAUGGGAAGGGGAAGGCCUUUCGACCUGUGAUUGUGGUGCUCAUGGCCCGGGCGUGCAAUUUUCAUUAUAACAAUGCUGAGGAAGUGCAGGCAGGUCAGCGUUCCGUAGCUGUCGUUACAGAGAUGAUCCACACAGCUACUUUAGUUCAUGAUGACGUCAUUGAUGAUGCAAAUUCACGAAGAGGAAAGCUGACCAUCAAUCAAAUCUGGGGGGAAAGAAAGGCGGUCCUAGCAGGCGAUUUUAUCCUUUCUGCAGCUUCUGUAGCUUUAGCACGCAUUGGAAACACAACCGUCGUUUCUUUGAUAACGCAGGUGAUUGAAGAUCUGGUGCGUGGUGAAUUUCUUCAGCUGGGUUCCAAAGAAAAUGAAAAUGAGAGAUUCGCUCACUACCUUGAAAAGUCAUUCAAGAAGACUGCAAGUCUUAUAGCAAACAGUUGUAAAGCAGUUUCCAUUCUGGGUUGCCCUGACCCAAAAAUUCAUGAGAUUGCAUACCAAUAUGGAAGAAAUGUCGGCAUAGCAUUUCAGCUAAUAGAUGAUGUGCUAGAUUUUACAGCAUGCUCCAGGCAGUUAGGGAAGCCCACAUCAGCAGACCUUAAGCUUGGAAUAGCGACUGGCCCUGUCUUAUUUGCCUGUCAGCAGUUUCCAGAAAUCAAUGCUAUGAUAAUGAGGCGGUUCAGUUCGCCUGGAGAUGUUGAGCGUGCACAUGAAUGCGUAUUCCAGAGUGAUGGCCUGCAGCAAACUACCUACCUCGCCCAACGCUACUGCCACAAGGCAAUACAAGAGAUCAGCAAACUUCGACCGUCCCCAGAAAGAGAUGCCCUCAUACAGGUGGCAGAAAUGGUCCUUCUGCGAGACAAAUGACGCGCCUCCUUCCACCCAUGGUGGCAGCUAUUUACCAGACUGUACCUAAAACCACAACACCUUAGCUCACCUCCAAUGUAGUUAUGAAUUUUUUUAAUUACCUUCCAUUUUUUUCCUAAAAUAUGAAGAAAUGAGUUUUAUUGAAGAAAGCCAUAUAAAAUGACGAAAGCAGUCUACGAAACUGAUACAAAUGCCCCGCGGCUGUUUCUGAGGAUGUGUGGAUUGUCUCGUGCAGGCAAUUGUUUACAUUGUUCACUGUCAACACUCAAGGCCAUAACGAGAAUAAAUGCAAUCAAUGUGUUACAAAUCACUUUUACAAA